UAUUUAUUCUGCUAAAAUGUUUAUGUCGCUAAAAUGGUUUUAUUUGUCUAAAUGAAAAAUGGUUCAUAGACCUGCGACCCAAAUGUUACAUUGUUCGCCUUUAUUUUACAGUUAUGGGUGAGUCCUUGUAUAAUGGCUAGGGGUCAAAAAUAGCCCUAGGCAUAUAAAGGAAAAAUAUUUAAGUCCGAUUGAAUUACAUAAGUUACACCAGUCAUUUCCCUAAGUUAAAAAAUGGACUCGCCCUUGGGAUCACCCAGUUUUCAUUGACUUAUAAUAUGGACAUGUCUUAAAAAUCUUCUUCUCUGAAAGUAUAAAGUCAAGCGAUGAGAUAUUUGGCACGAAGCAUCACCAUGCAAUCCUCUUAAAAAUUAUGUAGAUCAUGUCCAUCGGGUCAAAAUUGACAUCUACCUGAGAUUCAUUUUAUAUAGACUUGUAUAGGAAAAUACAUUUAAGUUAAAAUGCCUAGAGAUAUUGAUGAGGCAUCUUUUUCAUACUGCGAUGUAAGUUGAUAUGGUGAUAUCUAAUAUUAUCGCAAUUAUAUUGCAUUUAUGCAUUUAUGUUAUCCUUAUGAGAUUGGAUUUAACAUUUAAUUCCAUAUAAACAUGACACUUAAUUUAAUACCGACAUUGUAAUAAAGUAUUGAUUUGAUUAACUAGACUGAAACGGCGAGAUAAGGUCUCUUCUUGGUAAUGUUAGGAGAAUUAAAAUGAUUCAGCAUGAGAUAUUGUCUUUAAAAGGUUAAAUAUUUUUUUUUAACUAUUUGCAACAUUUUGCAUUCCAAUGUGUUGCCAGUAGUAAAAUAAAAUGAUGAUAAUAAUUAUGAGUUUUCGCCUGAUUGAGCAAGACAUGUGUUUAAGGCAAGGACCCAGUUUAGUUUGUAUUAUUUCUUCAAACAGAAAAUACAAAGAUUCUUAAAUUUCAUAUCGUUCCAAAAUCAUAAUUCAUUUAGAAUCUUAGUCAUGUCACAAUGUUUGUUUGGGACUACCUAAUUUUGUUUUUGGACAUUCAUUGAAUACCUUUUUGGGUGUGUGUGUGGGGGGGGGGGGGGGCUUUUCAUAAAUACCCUAUUUUGUUUUGGAACUUUCCAUACUUAGCCUAUUUUCAUUUUGGGACUUUCCAUAAAACAUUCUGGUCCAGAUAAUGAUAUAUAGACCUUAAUUGUAAGAUAUACAAAGAUCAUGUAUGUCGUGUUUCAUAUAGAUCCUGUAUUACUUCAUUAUCAAAUAUAAAUCGAUGCAUCUAAGAAUUUAAAAAUAUCAGGUGCAAUUUUCCCCACUUUUUUACAGCAAUGAACAAUAUCAAUUGACAUUUUCUUAAAUAAAAGCUCGUGUUCUUUUUAUAAUUUUUAAGACGUUUAGAAAAAGCAAAAAAAUAAAAACACAAAAAGACAACAACAAAACAAAACAAACUAAACAAAAAUAUUAAAACGCUGUUAUCCGAUAAUAUGAAUCUAAUCGUCAAAUUGUCAUUCGAAUUUUAUAUUAAAAGGAGACCACUUGAUUAUUUUAUUCAUUUCAAAUUUUCAAAUGAUUUUUCAACUAUCACGUAUAUAUCGUAUUUUUUAUCUUUGACAAAUAGACCAAACAUUUCCCCAACGGGCAUUAUAUAAAUAACACAUGGGUUUGUGGGUAACAGUAAAAAUAUCAUCCCGAGGAAAAUACUGUCAAAUAACAGUAUUUUUGAUAUUAUUACUGUAUAUCACAAACCCAUGUGUUAUUUAUUUUAUUACCCCGAACAAAAAUUCUGUGAUGAUCUGAAAUUGUCAACUAAAUCUAACUGUAACAAAAAUAAACCAAGAGUAACAAUAACUAAACUGUCCUUACCUUUCAAGUUUUCAGUGUACUUUAGGCCUACUUUAGAAGUUUUCUGUUUCUUUUAUUCUUUAAGCAAGUGAUGAUAUCUACAAGCCAUAAACAUACAAUAAGCUGUGUUUUAUUAAGAAAACAAAACACUGACCCAUUUAUACGGUUAUGAAAUGUGAAAUCUGAUCCUUCUGUUUCCAGAAUAUUCUUCGCAUGGUUUUUGACAAAAUAACGAUGAUAUCCUAUGUCUGUCCACCAUAUCUGUAACGUUUCACUGAUUAAAAUUGUUAAAUAAUCCUUUGUUGCAUGCUUUAAUCGUCUGCAUGUUCCAGUUUGACACAUAAUUAUUUACAUUGUAAUUACUUCCGUUGAAAACGGAUGUUUACUUUUUGACUAUUUAACAAAAAGAUUUUUUAUACGCGAAAAGCACAUCAGGGUCUAAAUUUAAUGGGUGUCAUAGUUACUCCAGCGAAAUUGAUGUCCUAUCGGGGUUCAAGGUCGAAAAUAAGAAUGAAUCGAGAAAAAAAUGGCGGCCAUUUUAUUUCAUUUUAUUUAGAAAAUAGACCACGUGACCAGAUUUUAUACUGUUAAAAAAUACUGUUACCUAUGUAACAGUUCAAAAUUCUUAGUCACGUGGUACACUUGCAUUAACAGUAAAAAUAACUCCCAGAGGCCUAUGGAAAAUUAACAUUACGAAAAAAGUGAGGGGUAAUAAAUAAUUCUAGCUUGAGUAUCAAAGCAUUAUUGGAAUUUGAUACCAAUAAAAUUUCUUUAAAAAACGCAUUAAAGAUUGGUCUCUAAGGUAUAAUUAAAAGCUUCUGAUAUGCUCCUAAAUAAAUCAUCUCAAAUUUCACGAGGAGGUUAUUUCUCCGUGGAAAAUGUAACAUAUCAUUGAUUGUUUUAUGCCUUCUAUUUUUCGAAUAUAAUUAUGAUGAAUUGCGUAUGCUAUAUUCGAAAUAUAAGAAUUAUGUGAUAACGCUUAAGUUAUAAUGAACAAGUUUAAAUUGAUUGGAAAGACACACGUGUUAUGUUUUCGUAUGGAAAUAUAUUAAUGUGUUUUCUAAACAUGGAUUUAAUCUCUUUAUACACUACUUUAUCUCAUAUCUCUCUCUACGUUUACAAAAAGAGAACAAUAAUAAUAUGAGAAUAACGCAACAUGUUUGAAGGAAAAUCACUAUUAAUUAAUAUCAAUUACAUGUAUCAUAUGUUUGAAAAGCAACAUUUGUAUGAACGGAUUGGAUAAUUUCUUAUAGAAUUUCAUGCAAUUUAAGCAAAAACUGUUUGAUGAAUGAUACAAUUUACUAGUCUUUUAUUCAAAGUCCGAUUAAUGUAUCUCUAAACAACUAAUAAAAUAUGAAAAAUUAUUUCAGAAAUAGGAUUUACAGCAGUUAACGGAGAUAUACAACCCCGUAGGUCAUCAAACAUCUGUCGUAGUUAUAAAAGCAUUUUGAUGUCCAAUUAAAUAGAAUAUGCUUGGCAAUUCGGAAUUAGGAUUUUAACUAACUGGAUUCGUUUUCAGUGUUCAUACUUUUGAAAUUUCAUUAGUAGAUAUUCAAUCUGACAACAAAAAUAAAAUAAUAAUAAUAAUUAAUCCGAUAAUAACUUUCUUUAAGAACUAUUAAGAUAUAAAUUUAAAAGGAUUAUAUGCAUAUAAUAACAGAAAAUAUUUUCAGCGGAAUUUCAGCAAAAUGACCAUUUAACCGAUCUUUAUGGCUUUAUUUUAAGGAGAACAAAUGAUCCCACAUUUCAGGACUGAAUACCAUGGAAAAAUUGUGCAAUAUAGAUGGAAGACAAAAUCUGCGAAUUAAUGUUGGAGGAACUGUUUUCAUGUGUCAUGCAGAUAUUCUCAAAUCUUUUCCAGAAUCUUUCCUUGCUAGCAUCGAUAAACAAAUGCCAAAUCAUAAAAAUAAUGAAUACUUUUUUGACAGAAAUCCGUAUAUAUUUGCUUUUAUUCUCGAUGGUUUUCGCAAAGGUUCUAUUCACGUACCUAAGGAUAUUUGUGGAACUACUUUCAAAGAGGAAUUGGAAUUUUGGGAAGUUGCCGAGAGCAACGUUGCUCCUUGUUGUUGGGAAGCCUUAUAUAAAAGUGAUGAAGAUAAGUUAACAAUGCAGAAACUAAUGAAGAAGUUUGAGAGAAAUACAAAUGUUUUCUUAACGCAGCGAAAUGGUGUUAGUUUUAAAAAUCGACUUUGGUUAUUUCUUGAUGAACCAAAUUCGUCUAAAUUUGCUUUGGUAUGGGCAGUUUUCAUCUCAAUGCUGAUAGUUGCUUCAACGAUAAUAGAAGCGAUGGAGUCAACACCACUACUCAGCGUGAAUUACACUGAGUCGGAAAAGAAGACCCUGAAACAAGUAGGAGAGUUCUUGAAAUGGGAUAAUGCUACGUACCAAAAAAUGGCAACACUGAAGCCACACCCAUAUCUGAAAACAUCAGACAUAAUUUGUCAUAGCAUCAUUACGAUGGAAUUCAUUUUAGGUUUUAUCGUUUGCCCGAAUAAAUUCACGUAUGUGUCAAGCUUUUCUCGAUUAUUCACAGGUAUUGGAUACAUUUCAUUCUGGACAACAUUAACGAUGGAAAGAUGGCUUUUUGAAUCCAAAACGGCGGUUAAAAUAUUCACUGUGCUUUCGUUUUUUACAAUAUUAAAGAUAGCUCGACUAUUUUAUCUUACAAAGCGUACACCAGCAUUUGGUAUCAUAGGAUUGACCCUAAGUUCUUCAAAGACAGAAUUGAAAAUCCUUAUUUUCAUGCUAGCAUUACUAGUAUGCACAUUUGGAUUUGUUAUAUAUUCGACUGAAUACCAGCAUUCAAAAAUAACAAAUGUGUUUAUCGGAAUGUAUUGGGCCUUGAUCACAGUUACAACAGUUGGGUAUGGCGAUUACGUUCCUGUGACGCCUGCCGGUCACGUGGUCGCCAUUGCUUGUGCCGUGUGUGGUGUAAUCAUUCUUGCUUUACCGAUUGGUAUAAUUGCGUCAUCAUUUUAUACAUUCUACAACUGUCAUAAAUAUUGUAGGAGACAUUUCGAAAACAUAAAAAAUAAGUAAGAACAAAUAGUAAAACGGAUUAAAAAGAAUCCCGUUAAAGACAUAGGAAGAUACAUUUUUCGUGAUUUAGAACUUUUUGAUACUAAAACCAUACAUGGAAACAUUUUCUCUAUUAAUAUUUUACAGUUAUGUUAAACAUGCACAUAACUUCUCCUCCUACGAGUGAACAUCAUCAAUGCAUGCAUUUCUGUGCUACUGGGAAACAAAUGAAUGUUGUAAUAGCGAUUCGAGUAUGUAAUAUCCAUUGAGGUCUCGAUUAACUGUGUUGACAUGUGGGACAAUGUCGGCAAACAACGUUUAAUCAUGAAUUUUGAUUACACUCGCAUUGUAAAAUUUUAAUGGAAACAAUAACUCGGUAAUUAAUAUAUCGAGAAUUCUGUAUAUCACGUAUAAUCUCACUAAACUACUGUAUUUCGGAGAUAUUGAGCUGUACGCUUAUAAAACUAUUUGUUUCGAAAUUUAUACUUGUUCAUCUAAGUGUAUCUAUUUCCUACGCCUAAUAUAUUUUGAGCUUAAUACAGCUUAUGUCUUGGCUGUCAAGUUUGUUUGUGUGUAAUGCAUCGACUUAACAACAGUUUUAUCGUUUGUUAUGCAAUACAAUUUUUUCUUCAUGUUAUAUAUUAUACAUGUUUUAAAGAAAUCAAUUCACAACAUUCUCAAACCGAUAAAACAUGAAUAAUGGUGCAAUAUGUUUUGCUUGCAUGAGGAAUACAAACGUGUUUGCCUCCUGUAUCCCAUCUUUAAACAGAAAAUGUCAUGCAAGUGCAAUUUUCUAUUUUAUCUUUUUUAUUUACAUAACGAUAAUGGUAUAUUUUACGCAGUUGAACUUGUAAACAAUCAUAUCAUAAUAUUUGUUUUUGUUGAAUAUAUACGCAGUAUUAUCAUUUUAUCUAGAUACAAAUUUGCAAAUACUUCUCGGGAAGGUACGUGAUUUUAUUGCUUAAAACAGCUGAUAUAAAGCCCAAACAAAUAUAUGUAGCAGUUACA